AUUUCAUAAUUCUGCAAGAGAUAAGAUUCGGUACGGGAACUUCCUGGGUCAUUUACAGAUAAGCCUUUAACAUAUUGUCGUGCUCCCAGACAGCCAUGUUGUAUACGAUUUUUCUUCUGAUUAUUCCAGUAUCUGUUUUCGCCGGAGACUGUGUAGGUAAAGGCGAUGGAGUGUUUGAGAUAGGGUGUAGGUCAUAUCUGACAUGUACAGGUGGUGUUGCCAAGGUAACCAAUUGUCCAAAUCCACCGAACCCUAAUACAGUUUACAAUAACCGAACAAAAUCUUGUGAUACGCCAGCACAUGUAGGACCACCAUGUGGAAAGUUAGAAGACUGUACAAACAAACCAGAUGCCAGAUAUCCUGACUUAUUUAAUACUUGUCAUACCUACUACACAUGUCAGUUUGGAACAUACUUUGGUCACAAUUCCUGUACUCCAGGAUUAGUAUUUGAUUUUAAGCUUCAGACUUGUAAUUGGCCUCAAAAUGUACUUCCUCCAUGUGGGCAUUACAUUCCAACGACUGUCUCAGGAUGAAAUUUCGGCAAACAAGAAGAAAGAACGAAAGGAAGCAGUAAAAAUAAACAUUACAAUUCUUGAAUAAAUACAUUCAGUGAC